CUUGUUUAAGCUGAAGAAGCAAUUACACCUGAUGAGUUUUGCAGCAAUCAAUGCGUCCAGUCGCAUGGGCGGACACCACGGUUACAAUGUGUGUCAUGGUUCAAUAUGGACAAACUCGCCACCAGCCAAAGCACGCAAGCAACGCUCAUACGAUUCCACAGGGCUACCGGAGCGUCCCAAACCGAAAAAGGAGAAGAGCACAGACUCGACAUCUUCGAGAGGUAGCGGAUUUCGAAAACAAGAUUCCACAUCUUCUGAGCAUGACACCAGAGUGCGACCAAAGUUGAAAAAAGAGAAAACCCAAGAAGGCAGCUCUCAUGAAGAUUUGAAUGACCAAACUUUAGAGGGAGAGAAGGCAGAUAGAAGUGACGAGAAGAAAGGACAGAAGAAAAAGUCGAAGAAGUCGAAGACGACCCACUGCAUUAUAACGAUUGUAGCAUUCACAACGUUCGGACUAAGUUUCCUUGGAUCCAUAUCAGGCAUCGGAUUGGUUUGAAAUUAUUAGCCAUUAAAACUUUUUUACUGGGGUUCAAAGAGCCAGACGAUGGUCGUAAGAGAACAAGUGGAACUGAAAGGAACAUUUCACACUUCUAAAUAUGGCAACGUCAGGUUCAGACAGGUUGUUUUGUUUUCAGAUUUUAAGUGUGACUUUCCUUUGGAAGUCGUAUGUCCAACGCCAAUUAAGGUGUGAUCCUAGUAGGUGAAUGAAUUGUCACAUGGCCGAUCAUCUAUUGACUGCAAACAACAGACUUGCCUUAUGCAUUAAAGUACAUAAGACAAUUCAGUUAUACAUAUUUCUUUUCUUCCCUGGCCAGUCUGUAAUAACUAGUGAUGCAAAGAGGGAAACCUAGAGGCAGGCUGGCGAUUAACAAUAUUUUAUGGAAAUGCAGUAAUUUUUUCUUUAAUCAACAGCUUAAUAUUGAAAUAAUUUACCUCCAAUAUUUCGAUGUCUAGAUGUCUAACAGAGCAUCUUCAUAAGGGAAUGAGGCAAUCCAGGCGAACGGCCUCUAUUCAGGAUAUAUACUUCCUCUGUCAGACAUCGAAAUAUUGGAGGUUAAUUACUUUAAUAUUAAACUGUUGAUUGAAGAAAAAAAUUACCCUAUUCUUAUAACAUAACACAGCUGAUGAAAUUUUCUGAUGUAUAUGGAAAGCUAAAUAAGAUGCUUUAGUAUAGGCAUGAUCAUAAUUCACAUAAAACAUAUAAAUUACACCAAUAAGAAAAUGAAGUGAAAUUACAAAGAAAUAGAAAAUAAUAAACAAGUCUAAGUGAAACACAAAAUGAACCUAUCUGUUAAAUGAGGUAGCACGCAAAUAUAUUACGAAAGAUACAUGGAGUUUUAUAAACGAUAUGUCAUUGUUUCUAUAAUAAAAAGGACCAAUCAACCAUGUAAUUAUACUUACGAUAUAUAACGUUACAUAUCAAGUAAAUAAGCUUUAUAUUUGUAUAUACCA